GACUCUUCUGCUUCGUAAACACACAGGUGAGUCUGAACAGAGGCACCCUGACAUUAACUGUUUGGUUGCACAUUGAAUGAACUUAAAGCAGUGAUCUAUAGUUUGAACCAAGAGAUUUGAUUGAGAGUUUGUUUGAGAAAUGCUUAUUUUUUCCUACUAUGGGAAGAAUUUAACACUUCUCUUUGACUUUGACAACAAGCAACAUGUCUGUUAUCCCCACCAGGUAACCACAGUGAUGAAGAUGCUGCUUGGUUUCUCUCUCUGCCUGGUCCUCCAUCUCCUCAGCUGCCUCAGUGGACCCGUGGAGAGCCGGACUCUGCAUGUGGACAGCUGUUCUGUCAACGUUCACAUUCAUGAACUGCGCAAAUAUUACUCGGAAAUCCGAUCAAAUGCUAUAUCUGGGGACGAUGACAUCGGAGUGAAACUUCUGGACAGAUCUCUCAUCAAAGAUGUUGAGGCGGGUCAGACUUGCUGUUUCCUGCGUCUCCUCCUGCGCUUCUAUGUAGAGAGGGUGUUCAGCAACUAUCCCACCUCUCAUCGGCAGCAGCAGAGGUGCUACAGCGCUCUGGCAAAUGCUUUUGUCAGCAUCAGGAGAGAUAUGCAUCAAUGUCACUGUCACUGUGAAGAGGAAACCCACAGAAGAAUCGACUCAUUGCACACAGAGUUUGACAAGCUACAGAUUCCUCAGGCAGCAAAGAAGGCAGUGGGAGAACUGGACACCAUACUGGACUGGCUUGAAGGACUGAGACAAACUGCACAAAUAUAAAGUUGUUGGACUGCUGCUGAGCAGGAGAUCCACAGCUUUUUCCAUGUCGUGCCAUUUUGCAUUUCUCUGUUUUAUACAUAAAUUAACUUAAAGCUGUAUUUAUAUUUUCUAUAUUUUUUUAACAUUUUUACCAUUUUUUUUCAAUGCUAUAUUUAUAAUAGAAGCCAACGUAGAAGUCUGGGCCCUCAUUAGAAAUGCAAAGCUACU